AGAAGAAGAUCUCCCAGCCUGCACUUGGGCUGGUGUGUCGUGUCCGACGUUACUAAACAGAGCAAGCUCGAUGUGGUGUUUUAUGUGACUUAAAGAGCAGGGAAUCGGACAGAGACAUCAGGCACAUAUUGUGUGCGCUUACCUGGUCCAGGAUGAGCAGCAUGCGGACCAUUCUGACCUCCACCGCGAUGAUCGCUGUGCUGGGGGUCGGCUAUGGGAUGUGGUCUGUGAUAUCUCCGGGAGAAGAGAGGCGGAGGGAGAUGAUCAAGAAUCUGCCUGAAUCAAACCCAAUGAGAAUGGAAGAGACUAGGCAGAGGAAUGCUAUGGUGAUGCAAGUACUAAAGGAGGCUGCUGAAACCAAUGACAAUCUAGCAAGAGGAUAUGGUGGACCUGCAAAGUAAAGACAGACCCCACCUUGUGACCUGUUUGCAAAGUCUUCAUGUCUCGAGUGUUGCAAAGCACCGCCAACUGUUCACAGAAAGAUGACCAGUGUAUUAUUGUACAGAGAUAGUUGUCUUAUUUGAAGUUGCUGUGUAAAAACAAUUUACCACUGGAUGUUAAAAUUGUUUAUUAAAAUAUCCUAUCAUAA